CCCGCGCCGGUGGAGGAAAAAUAAAAAAAAUAAAAAGCAAAUUCAGCUGCGUGAUCUGGAGCGGACAGGCGGUGGUACCCACAUUCCAACCGGUUUAUUUCAAACAUUUAACACCAGACUGGACAAAGAGUGACUGGAAAACAGGAAGGGAGCCUUGAUGUGAGCAGUAUGAGUAAGACGCCCCCUAACAGAAGAGGGAUAACAUUUGAGGUGGGAGCUCAGCUGGAGGCCAGAGACAGCCUCAAAAACUGGUAUGCAGCCAACAUAGAGAAGAUUGACUAUGAAGAUGAAAAAGUACUGAUCCAUUACCGUCAGUGGAGCCACCGUUACGACGAGUGGUUUGAUUGGACAAGUCCUUACCUCAGGCCAUUGGAGAGAAUCCAGCUCAGGCGGCAGGGCUUACAGGACGACGCUCCUAUACCUGGUUUUCAUGUGAAUGACAAGGUUUUGGCCAGCUGGUCAGAUUGCCGUUUCUACCCUGCUAAGGUUAUUUCUGUCAAUAAAGAUGCGUCCUACACUGUGAGGUUUUACGAUGGUAUCAUCCAGACAGUGAAGGGGAUGCAUGUAAAGCCUUUUAUUAAAGAGAAGGGUGGUGUUGGAGGGAAGUCUCGUUCUUCUGAAAAGAACAUGGUUAGGAGGAUCCCGAACCGCAGAGAUAGGAGGCCUCAGGAGAAUGGUUGUCCUAAAAACAAGCGGGUCAGACGUAGCACCUCUGACCAGGAGGAGGAGAGUAACAGUGAGGAUGAUGAACAUGAAGCAGGUCCAGUAAAUGAGAAGGACAAGAAAAUUAAUGAAGUACAGGCUCCUGUUGUCGUGCUACCUACCAUCAAACAAGAAGAGGACACAUCGGAGCAGGCAGACGAGAGUACCUCCAUCAAUGAAGAGGAGGCGUCUGGACUGUCAAAUGGUGUGACAGAAGACACUGAGCAAAAUGAAGAAGUGUGUCAUGUCAAUGGAGUAGUGAAGAAAGAGGAGGUGGAAAUUGCACUGAGUGGAAAAAAGCCAUACACAGAGUUGCCAGAUCAGACAUCGGCACAGACAGAGCAGAUGCCUGUCACCAUGACAACCACAGAAUCAAAUGAUGAUGUGGAGCAGAAGCUAAACAUGCAAUCGGAAAACUCUCAGGCUGUACUGGAAGUUCCACCUCCACAGCCUGUGAAACCUGUAAGAAAACAGGGUUUCCACAACCCCAACAGAUUCAGCAGAGAACCCUUGUACAGGGUUAUCAAAAAUCAACCUCCACCCGUCCUGUCUAUCAACCUUGAUCACAACCCAUUUAAGUGCAGUGCUGAAGGCUGCACAAAAUCAUUCCGCAAGGCUAAGCUGUUGCACUACCAUAUGAAAUAUUACCAUGGGGAGGAGCUGCCCCUGGAGGGGGAGUGCAGUCCAACCAGGAGCAUCCACACCAGGGCAACUGACAGGCAGACAUGUGCCGCUGCCUUGGAUGGCCCAAAGAGGAGGCGGACUAUCUCAAUGCACUCUGUUGGUGUUGCUUCGACUUGCCGUGGUGAAAUGAAGGCUACAGGUAGACGUACAUCUGCCCCUCCCGCUGUCAACACCCAGGGUCACCAACAGAGGGCACUGCUGAGGGAGAAGAGCAGGGAGAACCAGCUGGAUCAGAACGGAUACCAGCACCAUGACCCAGAGAAGACUGGCUUUGACUUUGGGUUGGUAAAAGAUAAAUUGAGAGACAAACCAAAACAGAAGGACUUCCUCCGCAUUAAGCUGAAGAAGAAGAAGAAGAAAAAGAAGUGCAAGUCUGAAUACACAGGUAGUGAGGAGAAUAUUGACAUCUCAGUAUUGGGUCUUCAGUCCAAAUUGAAUUUCCCACUCAAUUCCCCCCACUCACACAAUCACAAGCCAGAGGCCUUCACCAGCAGGCCUGGAUACAGCUACUCAGAGCAGAUACAUGUGGAUGAUGAUGACAGUAUCAGUGACUGGUCCACUGACAGCUGUGGGUGGAGUGACAAUGACUUUGGAGUAGAUUUUGAAGCCUCCACUCCACCCCUGAGUGUGGACUCUGGUGCCAUUGAUACGAGUGAUCAGGAGAUCGUGCGAUGUAUCUGUGAGGUGGAGGAAGAGAAUGACUUCAUGAUCCAGGCCAAUAAAACCUUCGACGAAGCUGAGCAAGAGUCCUAUCCACACCAAAGUGAGCCCCAGCUUCAUGAAUCUUCUGCCACACCUCCUCACAGCGACAACCUGGACACACAAUCUGACGAUAUUCCUCAUGUCUCUGUCCAUCAACAAAGGUCCGGCAUAACACACCCUCUACCACUGUCAGCUUUCUCCAUUGCCGGAGCAAUUUUUGGGCUCAGCUCGUGA